CUGCAGUGCUGCACCCUGCAGCACGUGCACUGUACUGUAGGUGGAGUUAGUUUUUAAAGGCAGUGUAAAGUGAUACUCGAGGACAGGAGGGUGGAGCAGAGCACAUGGCCGACUUCCUAAAAGCAGAUUCCCCUGCCCGCUGCUGUUGUGCUGUUUGAAACUAUGUAACUGUGACUUGACACUGACGGCACAGACGGGCUAAACUGCCACAUAGACUACUUUCACUUUCACAGCGGAGCAGCUGCACUGAACAACUUGUAGACUUCCUGGAUGGAAACGGACGGUCUGCUGACCGGGAGUAUGAACGGAGGCUCCGGGGAGUAUGGCUCCUCGUCGGGCACAGAGGACCGCGGGGUCCCGGGCAGCAGACGGAUGUCGUACACUGUCGCCGGGGAGUCGUGCAGUGUUGAGAGGGACUCGGAUGAUGAGGAGCUCUACAUCCAACAGGCUGUGGUAUUCAUCGAGGACGCCAUACAGUACCGGUCCAUCAACCACCGAGUGGAUGCCCGCUCGCUCCGCCUGUAUCGAUGGUACUACUCCAGGAUAUGCCAGUGGGGCUUGGGCCUAACCAUUGCGGUGGUGUUAUUGCUGGCAUUCGUAGAACGCCCGUCCUCCCUGUCCAUCUCCUCGGACCCCCGGUAUCGCUCUCCGCCCUGGCAGCCUCCCUGCGGCUUCACUGAAAGCAUCGAGAUGAUCUGCCUCCUCAUCUUCACUCUUGAUCUUGCUGUUAAGAGCUACUUGAUUGGCUGGGAGGAAUUCAGAAAGAGCAAAUGGCUGAUCGGCUACACAGUAGUCAUUUCAUUCUCCAUCAUCGACUGGGUGUUGUCCGUCAGCAUGGUGUGUGAUGAGAGAUUUAGAGUACGGCGCCUCCUCCGUCCAUUCUUCCUCCUGCAGAACUCUUCCCUGAUGAAAAAGACACUGAAGUGUAUCAAGAGGACUCUGCCAGAGAUUGCCAGUGUCAUCCUGCUGCUGGCUCUCCACCUCUGCCUCUUCACCAUGAUCGGCAUGCUGCUGUUCGCUAAAAGUGAGGAUCCGAAGAAGAACGGGGAGUGGAAGCUACAUUUCAGAGACCUUCCCAAUUCUCUCACCUCUCUGCUGGUGCUGCUCACUACAGCCAACAACCCAGACGUGAUGAUCCCUGCGUACUCCCUGAACAGAGGCUACUCCAUUUUCUUUGUCUCCUUCAGUGUGAUUGGAACAUACUGUCUGAUGAAUUUACUGACAGCCAUCAUCUAUAACCAGUUCAGGGGCUAUUUACUGAUGUCGGUCCAAACGUCCAUCAUCAGGAGGCGACUGGGGAUCCGAGCUGCUUUCCAAGUCCUCAGCUGCCAGGGAGCCCAACUAGCUGCUGAGGAGGGCGUGGCUGUUGAUGUGGUGCUGAAGGUGAUGUCCAGGGUCCAGAUGAAGAGCUACUACAGAGCAGCCAUCACUACGGUCAGCGGCGACAUCACAUACUAGCUGGGCUACAUGGAUCGAGAGCAGUUCAGGAAGAUAUUUGAUGAGCUGGAUAAAGAUCGCAUUAAGGAGCACCCUCCAUUGCCCCAGUACAACUCUCCAGUCCUGCAGAGACUCCAGGUGGUAUUCAGUCACUACUAUCUCACUAUACUCGGCAACGCGGUGGCACUGGCCAAUGUCGUGUGCAUAUGUACUGUCCUGGUGUUGAAUUCUGAAAAGUCCACAGCAGAGAGAGACAACUACACCAUGGAGAUCAUCAACAUGUGCUUCAUCCUAUACUACCUGUUUGAAAUGUGCGUGAAGAUCUUUGCCUUCGGCUGGAAAGGGUACCUGUCCUACAGGAACAACAUCUUUGACGGCUUCCUCACCAUCCUGCUCUUGGUCCUACAGAUCACUAUAUACGUCACCUACAGGCUUCCUUAUUCUCAAUGGGAGCCAUCCUCUCAGGGUGUAAUGUCUCUGUGGGAGAUGGUUCGUUUGAUCAACAUGCUGAUUGUGUUCCGCUUCCUGCGCAUCAUUCCAGAUAUCAAGCUCAUGGCUUUGGUGGCAAGUACACUGUUGGACCUGGUGAAGAACCUCAGAGCCUUUGCAGGAAUACUAAUGGUGGUGUUCUAUGUGUUUGCUGUGUUUGGGAUCUGGCUGUUCGAGGGAGUCAUUAAACCUCCUCCAGGGAUGAGUGUGUUCUCCAAUAGCUCCAUGGAGAACAUCACCUCUAACUUCAGCAUGGAGUGUGGCACCUAUGAGCAGCUGGGCUACUGGCCAAAUAACUUCGAUGACUUUGCUGCCUCCAUCAUUUUGCUCUAUGAUGUCAUGAUAGUCAACAACUGGCAGGCCUUCAUGGACGCAUACAGCAGAUACACCACUGAGUGGUCAAAGAUCUACUUUGUGUGUUGGUGGCUCACCUCCUCUGUCAUGUGGGUCAACUUGUUUGUGGCGCUCAUCUUAGAGAACUUCAUCUAUAGGUGGGACCGUAGUCACAGCUGCUCUGUUACAGAUGUGGAGAGGAUCAGAUUCGAAACAUCUGUUCAGCUCAUGUUCAAAGAGCAGAUCCAGGAGCCAACCGAAGAGGAAUUACUAUGUCAACUACACCAACAUCCACACUUACACCUACAGUGGUGACACACACACACACACACACACACACACACACACAGCACAGAGCACAGAGCACAGAGCACAGAGCACAGAGCACAGAGCACAGAGCACCAGCACCAGCACCUAUAUGCAGUAAGUCAAGACACUGCUGCUAAAUGAGUCUAUUGUGUGGUAGAAGCACUGAAAUGUCAAUAUUACAGCAUUCUACUACUAAUAUAUUUUAAUUUUAGAUUAUUGUCAUAUAAAAUUGCUACUACUGAAAAAAGUAGAAAGCACAUGUUACAAGUUACAAGUGUCUUUUCAAUAACUGCUCAGGAAAUUAAUCAAACUGACAAGAAGAAUUGGGGCCGGGGCCACAUGCGAUUUUAGGGGUAGAAAAUAUGUUAAUCCCAAAGUUUGGUUCUCAAAAAAAUGAACAAUACACUAUAACAAUAAACACAGGAAUACUCAUUCAGUGUUAAUGUAUAUUGCAUUCAUCACUGCCCGUGAGUAUUUACAAUUUCCCCUCUGGCGAUAAAUGUGGGGCGAAAAUAUUCAACACAGUUAGGGGGGUCGGAGGAGGGUACAGGCUUAACAUUACGGGGCCCCGGCCCCCCCUUAGAACCACCAUUGAGAGUCUCCAGAGCAGACUGUCUCACUUAUCGGUUAAACUACUAAAAUUCAGGAGGUUUUUUUCUUUGAAAUGAAUGAAAGGUUUUGCAGUAUAGUUGCCCAACCAUACAAAUCCAAGUAUACUGUCUCAUCACACUCUGCUUACAGAUAAUGAAUGUAUGCAUGUAUAUGUACUGCUGCUGUGACAGGAGAAUGACCUUUAUUGUGCUUAUUUACAAAGAAUUAGCAGAUUUUAUCUCACUUUUUUCUCAAUUUGGGAACUCAGAAGUUAAGUGGUUUCACCAGCUUUUUUUAAAAACCCGAUCUCGCUCCUCGUGACUUACAGUAAGCCCCCUUCCCACAGUGAACCUAGAACAUGUGUCCAAUGUGGUCUGCAAUGUGGAAUAUGUUUAAGCUCUUUUUACAUGUGACAGACCAUCCUUGAUGGGUUAGGUCAGGGGCCGGCAACCUGUGGCUCAGGAGCCACAUGCGGCUCUUUAACCUCUCUGUAGUGGCUCCCUGAAGCUUUGACAAAACAAACAUGGAACAUGUAUGUGUUGUUGCACAGUGGACGAUCCUUCAAAGGGAACUCCUCUU